UAUUCAAGUGCUAUAUUUAUUGAUGACUGUUAAUUAAUAUUACAACAAAAUGAAGAUAAAUAUUAAGUAUGUCAUUUUCAUAAUCUCAUUAAUUUUCUAUAAUAAAGUAUCAUCAGCGUCUGCUCUAACUAUCAAACAAAUUCUUACAAAAGCAGACAGAAUUAUUUCUACAAUCGAACGUGCAAUAUUCUGGAUUGGUUUUCUAGGACCAAAAGACAAAACUCCUCAGAAGACAUUGGAUACAAUUAAUAAAGUAUCAAAUCAACUUGAAUCAAUUGGAAUAAAUCUGAAUCAAAGAUUAGAUGACCUUUCCCUGAGUAUUCCACACAAAAUUUACAAUAUGAUACGAAUGGAGAAUGAUAUAAAGGAAAUGGAGAAAAAUAUGAGAGAUAUAAACAAUAUGUAUCAACUGUAUUUUGUGCAUUUAAAAAAUGAAAGUAUUUCUAAUUACACUGUGCAAUCUUUUAUCACAACAACAACAAGUAUUGGUGAUAGCAGUUUGAUGAGUAAAGUUGAAAAUAUUUAUUCACUAUUCAUUCCUGGUGAAUUAGGAGUUAUAAAAAAAGGCGGUUUAAACAUUUUUAUAGAUAUCCUAAAAGUUGGUAAACAAUGUGAUGAUUUUCAUGCUUCACAUCAAUGGAUAUAUGAACUGUUCUCGCUGAUCCAGAGGGUUGAAACGCGAGCAUUAGUUAUGGUCACUACAGCCUAUAAAAUGCGUUCAGUUUUAAUGAAUGAGAACCAUCAUUUUGAUAUAAAUAUCGUGAAAAAUCGAUUCUCACAACGAAUGAACAAUUAUCUUAACUUAGAAAAGAUGAUACUUUCCAAAGUAAAGCCAACUGAUGUUUAUCGAUGUGAUGCUCAAUUGCCAAUGAAAGGAGAAACAUACAUUGAACUUGAAAAGCUCACUCAAAGGUUUCUAGUCAAUUUAAAAAAAUCAUCACUUCUUGAACAAUGUGGAAGUUGCAAGAAUGUUAAAGGUUCUACUAGUGAUCUGUUAACUUCAGCUUGGUAUAAAGCUAAUUUUAGUGAUAAUAAUUGUCAUGGAAAGUUUAUAAAAUGCAGAACUUGGUCACAUUAUAAUUAUUGGUCUCAAAAUAUAGAAAUCUGUGAAAUGCCUGCGAAUUCAAGCAGACGAUAUCAAUGGUUGAGAGAUGCAGAAAAUAAUAUUUAUGGAAAAAAAACUGAUAACUGUCCUGGAAAAAUUUUAGAUGAUACACCUUUCUACACUAUGAGUUCAUUCAGUGAUAAAUCAGAGACUUAUCCAAAUGGACAUGAAUACUUGUGUAAUCACUGUUUAUGUACUUGUCUGGAAGAUGGUUCCAAUUCAUCAUCAAUACGAUUAUUUAACUCUGAAGCACAAUUUUCUGAUUACAAAAAUAAUAUGGUAGUAAUAGGAGUUCAAUUUGUAAAAGAUGAUGAGAACAUAAUCAAUAUACAGAUAAAAGAAGGAAAACUAAUGCCAAAAGGUAAAAUUCUACCUGGCAGUGAGAAAUGGGUUCCACUUAAAAAAUCUAAAAAUUCUAGAUCAUUACUAAAAAUGGGUCUUAAAAGCAACUAUGUGAACCUUAAUGACAUCGAGAUUCCGUCAUUCAUAAAUUCAUCAUUGAUAAUUGGUGUUAAAUUCCAUCGAUACUACCGUUACAAUCAACAAGAAAGAGCUCAUGAAAAAGCAAUUGGUAUUCAAAUCUACUUCUCAACGUUUGAUUUCAUAUCAGGUGCUGUCAGUGCUCAAUACAAUAGAUUAAUCUUCUACCAAACUCCAUUGAACAACUUGGACCUUGAUGAUGUAGACAAUCCAUUGAAUUCACCAUUAAAUCUUCCAGAUUUUAAAAAAUCUCAGUGGGUCAAGUUCCAGCCAACAGAUGAUAAUUUAGAUGCUGGACAAACAGUGGUGCCAUUUUUAGAUGCUCAGCCAGUUUAUACAGAUCCAGGAUUUCCUCUCAGAGGAAUUGGAUUGUUUUAUAAAGGAGCACCUGGUUAUGGGGGUUAUAUUGCUCCAAAAAUUCUUACUUUGGAUCUAAAUAAAAUUGUUGAUGAAAUAUGAAACACAAUAAUUAUGAUGAAUAAUACAUUUACAUUGAA